CGAGUACGUUCACCGUCACCAAAAGUAAUUGACCGAACCGUCCUUCAUGUCCUUCAUGAUAUCCAUGAACCUGAUGAUCAUCGCGAUUUAUCUCCCUCGACAGUCUCACGACCCCAUCUCAAAUGGCCCCCAAUUGUCACCAGAAUUCCCGAGUCUAAAGGUGUUUCAGAACUUGAACAUACAGGCGUUCACGCUCCUAGUAUGUUGACAGCUCCAGCUGCUGACGCAGUCCAAUUCGAUGAAUCAGUUUGUGGUUCAUUCCCUUGUCGCUUUCUUCUUCCCCUUCGUAUCGCCGAGCAAGAACCGAAAGUCCAUCUGCAUCUCCACCAACUGGCUAUUCUCGCAAGUAGCUUGAAUCGCACUCUUGUUCUCCCGAAUGUAGGCAAUAAUCGCAUAGGGGCUUGCUCCAAAUGGCCACUCGAUUCAUAUUACGACGUGGACCUGUUCAGAAGCGCCCGCCCCGCUAUCAACACUCUGCCUUUCACUGUAUUUGACAGUUGGAGCAAAACGCGUCCCAUCUUACCUACAAGCAGAGUCGUAUCUUUCAGCGUCAGCAAAAGUGGCGAACGGGAUUCACUGUCCGAUCCACUGACUGACGGCGAUGAUUUCAUCAUCGAUUAUGGCCUCGCAGACCACAAGGUCGCUUCCUGCCUACACUCCAAAUUUCCCAGACUUCACCAAAGCUCCUCUAUGAUUUCCUUCAGGUUCUACCACGACAAUCCGACCAGGCCAUCGAUAAGCCAGCAUCUUAUCCGGAUUCUCUCAGAAGCUGUGGACUCCGUGGAAUAUUUCUCAGACGAGCUUGCCGCGCUCCGGAAAUCGGACGUGUUAACCAUCGAGUGGGAUCUGCGCCACCUGAUCUUCCCUGGGCCCAAUAUGAUAGACCUGCAGUACUCUCAUGCUCUUGUUGAGCUUGCGGAAAGAUUAGCAAGCUUCACAGGACCCUAUAUUGCUGUGUAUUGGCGAUUAGAACGCGUCCCGGUGGAAAACCUUGCGUGGUGUGCGGCAUCGCUUGUCUCUACUCUUCGUUCAGUGCUCGGCGAUGAUGACUCAGGGCCUCAGCUGGUCUGGUUCGCUACCGACUAUCACACCCCUUCAGAACAGCCAAGCGGUGUGAAGACUAAGAGCGCGAGAUCUGGAACUUUCCAGGCUGUUAAGCCCGAGCACGAGGAAGUCAUGAGCAUCAUUCAGGACGCAUUCCAGACGGGUGGCGAUCUAGAGGGAUAUGCCACGACUGAGCUUCCAUCGCAGAUAAAAAGGUUGAGAAUGUUCGAAGGGAACGUUCAGUUUGAAGAAGGGGUUCUGGAGGACUCAGGAGUU